CAGUCGGUCGUUGUUCCCGUCCUUUCCUGUCUGCUGUGUCUGCCGGCGCCCUUCCGCUGCAGUCACCGAACUGCUUGCUGUCUAGCCUCGCUACCAUGAAAGUCUGGCUGGCUUGCCUGCUCCUCUGCGCCUUGGUGGUGAACGACUCUGAAGGUCGCCAUGAGCCUGGAACUUCUAAUGAACCAAACUGCGGCUGUCUGAACGGAGGAGUCUGUGUGUCCUACAAGUACUUCUCCAGCAUUCGCCGAUGCAGCUGCCCAAAGAGCUUCCAAGGGGAGCACUGUGAGAUAGACACGUCAAAAACCUGCUAUCAUGGAAAUGGUCAGUCUUACCGGGGAAAAGCCAACACUGACACCAACGGCCGACCCUGUCUGGCUUGGAACUCCCCUACCGUUCUUCGGAAAGCCUACCAUGCCCACAGACCCGACGCGCUUAACCUCGGCCUGGGGAAGCACAAUUACUGCAGGAACCCUAACAACCAUAAGCAACCCUGGUGCUAUGUGCAGAUUGGCCUAAAGCAGUUUGUCCAAGAAUGCAUGGUGCCUGACUGCUCUGCUAGACAUAGGCUCCCUUCUUCUCCAGAUAAACAAGAGUUCCAGUGUGGCCAGAAGACUUUAAGGCCACGCUUUAAGAUUGUUGGGGGAGAAUCCACUGUCAUUGAGAACCAGCCCUGGUUUGCAGCCAUCUACAGGAAGAACCGGGGAGGAAGCCCUCCCACCUUUAUAUGUGGUGGUAGCCUCAUCAGUCCUUGCUGGGUCACCAGCGCCACACACUGCUUCAUCAAUAACCCAAAGAAGGAAGACUAUGUUGUCUAUCUGGGCCAGUCAAAGCGGAAUGCCUAUAAUCCAGGAGAGAUGAAGUUUGAGGUGGAGCAGCUCAUCUUGCACGAGGACUACAGUUCUGACAGCCUGGCCCACCAUAACGAUAUUGCCUUGCUGAAGAUCCGUACCAGCAAGGGUCAAUGUGCACAGCCAUCCCAGUCCGUUCAGACCAUCUGCCUGCCCCCAAGUUUUCAUGAUGCCAGUUUUGGUUCGGACUGUGAGAUCACUGGCUUUGGAUACGAGAAUGUCUCGGACUAUAUUUACCCAAAGGACCUGAAAAUGGCUGUUGUGAAGCUUAUUUCCCACAAACAGUGUAUGCAGCCCCACUACUAUGGCUCUGAAAUCACCUAUAAAAUGCUCUGUGCUGCUGACCCACAGUGGAAAACAGAUAGCUGCCAGGGAGACUCUGGAGGACCUCUUGUCUGUGACAUCAAUGGCCGCCCAACUCUGACUGGGAUUGUGAGCUGGGGCCGUGGAUGUGCAAUGAAAAACAAGCCAGGUGUCUACACGAGGGUCUCCUACUUCCUCGACUGGAUUCAAGCCCACAUUGGAGAAGACAACAGCCUAGCCUUCUGAUGGCCCCCGGCAGCUGAAAGAAGAAACAGAUGGACCACUCAUUUCCAUGGUUCAUCACCUCCGCAGCAGCGUCCUCUCUAUCAAAUGUAGGGAAGAAGUUAGGACAGGCUCUGCGUUGUUUGCUUGUGCUGCCCACCAGGGUGAGUGCCAAUAGCUUUACCCUCAGCACAGGCCUGGGUGCUGGCCACCCAGACACCCUGGCCAGCAUGGAAAGUUGGUCUUGACUCAGGAUGAUACUGACCAAGAGUUGUUUUUCUGGACUAAAGCCAUCUGAAGUUAUUAAAACAUCUCCUGUGCAAGUGUAGGGGGAGAGCUGGUUUCCCUAAUGGGUCAUUCAUGAUGUCUGCUGUUGGGAAAGAAUGAUUUCCCAACUAGGAAGAGUAACAGCUGAAGUAUUUUGAGGGGGCUUGUCCAAUAUGAGAACAGUGGCUUGAAGUCGAGACACUAAUGGCUUGAGACCGGCUCUAACAUUCCACGAAUGGAUCAGGGAAUAUGUGUGUGCAUAUGUUUGUUCACUGUGCACAGGCUGUGAGUGUGAGCCUGAGCAGAAGGUGCUGCGUCCGUGUUUCCCCACACUCUGGACUGUGACACCCCAUGUGAAUGGGUCAUUCUCAGGCGUGACCCGUGACCAGCACUAAAUGUCUGUUUCUCUUUUUAUAUAGACGUCCACUUCUUGGCCAGUUAUCUUUUUUACUUAUUAUCCUGGUUCAUCCAAACCUCACUGGGUGGGGUAAGGACCACUCCUAUAUACUUAAUAUUUAAUAAUUAAUUAUAUUCUGCUAUUUUUAUUUAUAUCUAUUUUUAUAAUUCUGAA